AUGGCUCUUGCACAGUGCAAUCUCAGAGAGGUCUCUUUCAGCCGUCUGUUUCCUCUCGAAGUUGCGCGAGCCCUGUCAGGUGGUCUUAUUCUGGCUACUGCGUAUACCCAUUCACAGGGUUAUAUUCAUGGAGACAUCCAUCUUCGUAACGUUUUAGUCAAACUCCCAUCAAUUAUUGAUCAGCUUUCGAUCGAGCAACUGUAUGAGGAAUAUGGGGAGCCUGAGACAGUUCCUGUUACAGCACGCGAUGGAAAGCCACUCCCGCCCAACGUCCCUGCGACAGCAGUGAUACCACUCUACCUUGGGAAAGAUGCAGAAGACUUCACCCUUCCAGACGCGUGCGUAAUUCUUAGUGACUUUGGCGAAGCAUUCGGCGUAGAUGAGGUUCGUCGGGGCGAAGACUGCCACACCCCGCUUGCAAUGCGGCCUCCCGAAGCCCGGUUCCAACCACAGGGCCCCCUUACGUAUUCAGCAGAUAUCUGGAGCUUAGCCACCACGAUCUGGGAGAUUCUUGGCAUGAAGGCCAUAUUCAGCAGCGAGUUUGCAACUGCAGAUGAGGUGAUAUCUCAGCAGAUCGAUGUUCUGGGAUCUAUGCCUCGAGAUUGGUGGAAAGGUUGGGAAGAACGGAGUCAAUUCUUCGAUGAGGAUGGAUGUCCAAAGGCGGGCCGCUAUGUGUGGCCUCACAUCGAUCAGGCGUUUGAGGAAGGAGUGCAGAUGUAUCGACGAAAAGGUAGUCGAGUAUGCGAGUUUGACGGGGAGGAGGCGGCAGCCAUUCUAGAGUUGAUUAAACGAAUGCUGGCCUUUCGACCGGAAGAGCGACCAACCGCCGAAGAAGUCCUGAAAUCGGACUGGAUGGUGAAAUGGGUAAUGCCAGAUUUCAACAGGAGCUUGUACUUCGAAUAG